UCUACCUCCGAGGGUUCACCCGCCCUUGGUUUUCCUUACACCUUCGCCUUUGGCUCCUUUGACCACUCGAAGCCCCACAGCGGGUUCCAGCGGACUUCACCAGCGGACCCAGAAGUGGUGGGUGAAACACAGCCUCUGUUCCUCCUUGAGCCUGUGGGGAGCUGCUGCCUGCCGCCAUCAUGUCUGCUGCAAAUCCUGAGACUCCCAACUCAACCAUCUGCAGAGAGGCCAGCACCCAGUCUUCAUCAGCUGCCGCUAGCCAAGGCUGGGUCUUACCAGAAGGCAAAAUCAUGCCAAACACUGUUUUUGUUGGUGGAAUUGAUGAUAGGACGGAUGAAGCUGAGAUCAGAAGCUGCUUUGGUAGACACGGUUCAGUGAAAGAAGUGAAGAUGAUCACGAAUCGAAGUGGUGUGUCCAAAGGCUAUGGAUUUGUUUCAUUUGUUGAUGACGUGGAUGUCCAGAAGAUAGUAGAAUCACAGAUACAUCUCCAGGGUAAAAAGCUGAAGCUGGGCCCUGCAAUCAGGAAACAAAAGUUCUGUGCUCGUCAUGUGCAGCCAUGUCCUUUGGUAUUUAAUCCUCCUCCUCCACCACAGUUUCAGAACGUCUGGAGGAAUCCAAACACUGAAACUUGCCUGCAGCCCCUAAUCACGCUGAAUCCUGUAACUCAGUACGUUCAGGCUUAUCCUGCUUACCCAAAUUCAGCAGGUCAGGUCAUCACUGGAUAUCAGUUGCUUGUAUAUAAUUAUCAGGCACAUCCUACUUACCCAAAUUCAGCAGUUCACGUCAUCACUGGAUAUCAUUUGCCUGUGUAUAAUUAUCAGUCUGCUGCAAAUCCUGAGACUCCCAACUCAACCAUCUGCAGAGAGGCCAGCACCCAGUCUUCAUCAGCUGCGGCUAGCCAAGGCUGGGUCUUACCAGAAGGCAAAAUCAUGCCAAACACUGUUUUUGUUGGUGGAAUUGAUGAUAGGACGGAUGAAACUGAGAUCAGAAGCUGCUUUGGUAGAUACGGUUCAGUGAAAGAAGUGAAGAUAAUCACAAAUCGAAGUGGUGUGUCCAAAGGCUAUGGAUUUGUUUCAUUUGUUGAUGAUGUGGAUGUCCAGAAGAUAGUAGAGUCACAGAUACAUCUCCAGGGUAAAAAGCUGAAGCUGGGCCCUGCAAUCAGGAAACAAAAGUUCUGUGCUCGUCAUGUGCAGCCAUGUCCUUUGGUAUUUAAUCCUCCUCCUCCACCACAGUUUCAGAACGUCUGGAGGAAUCCAAACACUGAAACUUGCCUGCAGCCCCUAAUCACGCUGAAUCCUGUAACUCAGUACGUUCAGUCUGCUGCAAAUCCUGAGACUCCCAACUCAACCACCUGCAGAGAGGCCAGCACCCAGUCUUCAUCAGCUGCGGCUAGCCAAGGCUGGGUUUUACCAGAAGGCAAAAUCAUGCCAAACACUGUUUUCGUUGGUGGAAUUGAUGAUAGGACGGAUGAAACUGAGAUCAGAAGCUGCUUAGGUAGAUACGGUUCAGUGAAAGAAGUGAAGAUAAUCACAAAUCGAAGUGGUGUGUCCAAAGGCUAUGGAUUUGUUUCAUUUGUUGAUGACGUGGAUGUCCAGAAGAUAGUAGAGUCACAGAUACAUCUCCAGGGUAAAAAGCUGAAGCUGGGCCCUGCAAUCAGGAAACAAAAGUUCUGCGCUCGUCUUGUGCAGCCACGUCCUUUGGUAUUAAAUCCUCCUCCUCCACCACAGUUUCAGAACAUCUGGAGGAAUGCAAACACUGAAACUUGCCUGCAGCCCCUAAUCACGCUGAAUCCUAUAACUCAGUACGUUCAGGCUUAUUCUACUUAUCCAGAUUCACCAGAUCAAUUUAUAUCUAUAAAUUCCGUCAUCCCUGGAUAUCAGUUGCCUGUAUAUAAUUAUCAGGCAUAUCGUACUUAUCCAAAUGCACCAGUUCAGGUCAUCACUAGAUAUCAGUCGCCUGUAUAUAAUUAUCAGGCUUAUUCUACUUAUCCAGAUUCACCAGGUCAAUUUACAUCUAUAAAUUCCGUCAUCCCUGGAUAUCAGUUGCCUGUAUAUAAUUAUCAGGCAUAUCGUACUUAUCCAAAUGCACCAGUUCAGGUCAUCACUAGAUAUCAGUCGCCUGUAUAUAAUUAUCAGGCUUAUUCUACUUAUCCAGAUUCACCAGGUCAAUUUACAUCUAUAAAUUCCGUCAUCCCUGGAUAUCAGUUGCCUGUAUAUAAUUAUCAGGCAUAUCGUACUUAUCCAAAUGCACCAGUUCAGGUCAUCACUAGAUAUCAGUCGCCUGUAUAUAAUUAUCAGGCAUUUCCUGCUUAUCCAAAUUCACCAAUUCAGGUCACCACUGGAUAUCAGUUGCCUGUAUAUAAUUAUCAGAUGCCACUGCAGUGGCCUGUUGCGGAGCAAAGGAGAAAUCUGUGGACCGAAGCAUACAGAUGGUGGUAUCUUGUCUGUUUAAUCCAGAGAGCAGACUGAUAAAUUCUGUUGUUACUCAAGAUGACUACUUCAAGGAUAAAAGAGUGCAUCGCUUCAGAAGAAGUUUGACAGUAUUUAAAUCUGUUUGAUCCUCUCAGCUGUCUAGUUCUGUGGGAAGUUGGUGGUUUUGAAUAUUAAGCUAAAAGUUUUCCACUGUUCCAGAAAUUCUGAAUUUUGGUAAAUCACACUGAAACUUUCUGUAUAAGUUGUAUUAUUAGACUCUCUAGUUUUAUCUUACAUUGAAACUGUUCUUCCUUAGAUGUUUAUUUAGAACCUGGUUCUGUGUUUAAUAUAUAGUUUAAAGUAAAAAAUAAUUGAGACUGAAAGAAUGUUAAGAUUUAUCUGCAAGGAUUUUUAAAAAAAUGAAAUUUGCAUUUUAAGUGUUUAAAAGCAAAUACUGAUUUUCAAAAACAAGUUUUUAAAACCUGAUUUGAAAGCUAAGAAUUUUGAUAGUCCGAACACAAGCAUUUCACUUCUCCAAGAAGUACCUGUGAACAGUACAGUAUUUCAGUAUUGAGCUUUGCAUUUAUGAUUUAUCUAGAAAUUUACCUGAAAAGCAGAAUUUUUAAAACUGCAUUUUUAAUCAGUGGAACUCAAUGUAUAAUUAGCUUUAUUGAAGUCUUCUUAUCCAAACCCAGUAAAACAGAUUCUAAGCAAACAGUCCAGUCAGUGAAUCAUAAUGUUUGUUCAAAGUAUGUUAUCUUUUAUCUAGAAUCCACACAUAUAUAUAUAUAUAUAUAUAUAUAUAUAUAUAUAUAUAUAUAUAUAUAUAUAUCCAAUUCGAUUGGGAUAGUAAUUAGGUAACUAAAAUUCUGGGCCUAAUUUUUUAAAGAAUCCAAGGCAAACUAAACUUUACUAGGUAUAUAACCUUCUCAAUGAGUUACCAUUCUUCGUUUUUAUUAAAAAAAAAUUGUUCCUUGAAAUGCUAAACUUAAUGGCUGUAUGUGAAAUUUGCAAAAUAACUGGUAUUAAAGAACGCUGCAACUUUUUUAUGUCACUCAAAGAUUAAUCAGGAAUUGCUUUUAUAAAAACAUUGAAGUAUUAGUUACUUGCUAUAAAUAGAUUUUUAUUUUUGUUGUUUAGCCUGUUAUAUUUCAUUUUGUAAAAUAAAAUAUGUCCAGAGGAGACAAAAUAGGUAGUUUUGAUAUUUCUAAAUCACAAAAGUUGUUUAGUAAGUAUAUCUUAAGAAUCUGCUAGAGUUAAAGUUAACGUUGUUUCUAGAUUAGGUAGUGUCCUCAUUUUAUAUUGUGACCACACAGCUAGAGCACCGGAGCCCUUUUGCUAUACUCACAGUCUUUUUUUCCCAGCCUCUUUUACUAGUCUUUCAGGAGGUUUGCUCUUAGGACUGGUGAUGUAAAGAAUGGAAGUAGCUGUAUGAGCAGUUCAAGGGCCAAGCCGUGGAAUGGUAGCAAUGGGAUAUAAUACCUUUCUGAGGGAAACAUUUGUAUCAGUAUCAUUUGAUCUGCCAUGGACAUGAGUUUAAAGUGGCUUUCUGGCCCUUCUUUCAAUGGCUUCUUCCCUAAAACAUGGAGACUCUUAAGUUAAUGUAGUUACUAUGGGCCAUAUUAGUAAUGCCCACUGGGGUCUAUGAUUUCUCAACAUUUUCAUUCUGAAUCUGAAGGAGAGAGUAUUUUAACUUUAGAAUUCUCAAGAGGGCUUUAUUACACCUCAGAAAUCAAAAGCACCAUGAAUUUGUCCAUUAAAAAUCACCCAUAGUUUUUUUAGUGCUUUAACAUUCUGAUGUACAUCAUUCUGUGAUUAAAUCUCCAGAUUUCUAUAAAUGAUACCUAUAUUCUAAAGAGCUAAUUCGGAUUAUUCCGAUAUGACCUUAAGGAAAAGUAAGGGAAUAAAUUUUUGUCUUUGUUGGAGUGAAGUAUUUAAAAGCGUAAGGUAAAAGAGAUAUUAAGUCCUAAACCUUUCAAAAUGGAAAAUUAAUUCUGAACUUAGAAAAAUGUUUCUGCUACCUGUUGCUGAUACUGUCUUUGCAUAAAUGAAUAAAAAUAAACUUUUUUUCUUCAAAA